AUGGUUGAUUCCGCUUCAUCGAAACCUGUCAUGACGACGAAAGCAGUAGCAAGUCAUCCUAAGACAAUGGAUAUGGUUGUAGAAGCACUCACGACGCUAAAAGACAGAAAGGGAAUUUCUGUACAAGCCAUCAAGACUUAUAUUCUGACUCACUACACCACCGUUAGUCCUACUCACCUCACUUCUAGUCUACGCCGCGCUCUCAAAACUGGUCUUGAAUCCGGUAUGUUGGUACGUCCAAAGGACUCUCAUGCCAAUGGCGUAAGUGGUCGUCUUCGUCUCGGUAAACUUCCACAGAAACCUGAGAAGAAAUCGGUUAACAAGACGACACCUAAGAAAAAGGCG